AAUUGCGUUCUUUAUUACUCAGCCUGUUUCAUGUGGGGUUGACAUUGUUGUCAUAAUUCGGGGAACAUUCCUCUGUAUUUGUCAAUCCAAACUCCGAAUUGUAUUGAAUAUUAUCAACAAGCUCUCACAUAUUCAUCUUAGACUCAAAUCGACUGGUUACAAUCUUUCGUCUCUAGGGUAAUAGGCCCGUAGUCAAGGUGCGCAACUUUGCACCUGAAAAAUGUUCUAUUUACAAAACAAUAACAAACUAAUUUAGCUUUUGACGUCACCCACUUUUAAUCCUCGGUAGAACUCGAAUUGACGUGACGCUAUGGACGAGGAUCCAUUACUAGGAACAAUCGUAAGGAUUCCGCUAUCGGUAGUAGAUAAAGAAACACUGGGCACUAUUAAGAGCUGUCCGCUAUGGUUACACGUAUCCCCCGCAACAUACAAGGCCAGUAAUGAUCCCAAAUUCGUCAAUGUUUCCAUCACUGCUGUAUAUCAAGAAGGGUAUUUCCACACGACGAUAACGAAAGAUGUCAUCGGAAACAUUUUUCGGAAAUCAUCGGGGAUUGAAUCGGAGGAUUAUUAUUCCGUGAUUACGAGUUUAUUCCCUCUCGAUCUUGAAACUUUAAUUGAGGUGAAUCUGGAGGAGAGCUAUAAAGAACUCAGCUUGAGUGCUAAGCUAGUGGCUAGUUCUAGUGAUUAUGAUGAGAAUCAAGAUAUUUUAGAAUUAGGUGAUUCUGAUCCCAAUAAACAGGGAAUCACCAUCACAAUUAAACGAGAAGGGAAGUUGACGGUAACGGUAGGAUCAAUUGACCUACCAGGAAUUGAAUUUGACAAAUAUGACUACUUGCAGGAAGAGGGUGAUCUAUUCAACUGGUUGAGUUUAUACAAUCAUCAAAAUAAACUUUUACUUGACAAUCUACGAGAUUCGAAAGUCGAGGUGGAAACCUUGAAACAGGAGAAUUAUCUAUUGGAAAAAAAUAGCAGUAUCGCCAAGAAAGAUUUUGAUUACAUUAUCAAAGAUGUUGAACUGAGAUUUUAUCAAGUAUUGGAUAGCAAGAAGGAUAAGAUUUGGGAACUUACU